AUAAGCCCUCCGUCUCAACCACCCGCCCUCCGUCUCAACCACCGGCCCUCCGUAUUGGUUCGAAAAUUUCUCACUCUCCCUUCCCCUUAAAUUGUUUCUUGUCUUAAUCUACUAAUAAAAUAAAAAUGGAUUCAAUGAAUGAUAUUAACAUGAUUAUGUUAUAUUCAGAUUUGUCAAAUUAGUUGGAAUGGUGGGCGGAGGUAUAAUCAAGCUGAAGACAUGGCAGCAGGCGGCGGUGGCAUUGGGUUCGGCAGUUGGAGCACUUUUGGAUCCACGGAGAGCUGAUUUGAUAGCUGCUCUUGGUGAAACAACUGGAAAACCUGCGUUUGAAAGAGUUCUUCAAAGGAUGAAAUCUUCCCCUGAAGGAAGGGCUGUACUGUUGGAGCGCCCUCGCGUUGUAUCUGCAAAUGUAGGACAUGCUUGGGACCUGCCAGAAAAUACAUUCGGUGCUGCCUAUGCUAAAUUUAUGGGAUCCAGGAACUUUUCCCCAGAUGAUCGACCUCCUGUGCGGUUCAUGGAUACUGAUGAACUAGCCUAUGUUGCUAUGCGAGCUCGUGAAGUCCAUGACUUCUGGCAUACUCUUUUUGGCCUUCCUACUAACUUGAUUGGGGAGUCAGCUCUGAAGGUAAUCGAGUUUGAACAGAUGUAUCUUCCUAUGUGCCUGUUGUCUGUUGUAGGGGGCACUGCAAGAUUCAGCGAAAAACAGAGAAAAUUGUUUUAUCAGCACUACUUCCCCUGGGCUGUUCGCGCUGGCACACAGUGCACUGAUCUCAUGUGUGUAUAUUAUGAGCAGCAUUUUCAUGAAGAUUUGGAAGAUGUUCGCAGAAAACUGGGAAUUGUUCCUGUUCCUGCUGUUCCUUAACGGAAUGCUUUCAGAGCUGAUGAGUUGUAUUUAUUUUUCUGGUUUAGCUAGUGGUAGAAUAGUAUUACAAUAGAAAUUUGGAAUACUAGUAUUUUGUUUUAAGGUUUACAAUUUUGAUUUUGAAAUAGAAAGAAAGUUUAUGGUGCUGAUCAAUAGCUAUAA